AGGAGUUACUAACUAUCAAAGAGCUUAUAAACGCAGGAAGGAUUGGCACGCAGCUGCUGAGCCUAGUGGGAAACAGAUCUCAGUAAGAGAAAUUCAGAGUCUAUCAUGGCAGGGAAGCCCAAGCUUCACUACUUUAAUGGACGUGGCAGAAUGGAGUCCAUCCGGUGGCUCCUGGCUUCAGCCGGAGUAGAGUUUGAAGAGAAAUUUAUAGAAACUCCAGAAGACUUGGAUAAGUUAAAGAAUGAUGGAAAUUUGAUAUUCCAGCAAGUGCCAAUGGUUGAAAUUGAUGGAAUGAAGAUGGUCCAGACCAGAGCCAUUCUCAACUACAUUGCCACCAAAUACAACCUCUAUGGGAAAGACAUAAAGGAGAGAGCUCUGAUAGAUAUGUACAUAGAAGGUAUGGCAGAUUUGAAUGAAAUGAUCCUCGUUUUGCCUCUGUGUCCACCUGAUCAGAAAGAGGCCAAGAUUGCCCAGAUCAAAGAGAAAGUAACAGAUCGUUAUCUCCCCGUGUUUGAAAAAGUGUUAAAGAGCCACGGACAGGACUACCUUGUUGGCAACAGGCUGAGCAGGGCUGACAUUCACCUGGUUGAACUUCUGUACUAUGUGGAAGAGCUUGACCCCAGCCUUAUGGCCAACUUCCCUCUGCUGAAGGCCCUGAAGACCAGGAUCAGCAAUCUCCCUCCCGUGAAGAAGUUUCUGCAGCCUGGCAGCCAGAGGAAGCCUCCUAUCAGUGAGGAAGAUUUAGAAAAAGCAAGGAAGAUUUUCAGGAUUAAAUGAAGCGGGCAUGGAUGGCCAGCACUUGCGUCUGGGGCUUCCAACAAUGAUGUGCGUUACCUGAUGUGGAUCCUGAUGAUUGUGAGGCUAGUAAAGUUUUCAAAAGUAUAUAAUUUCAUCUACAUGAAGAUUUGCAAAGCAAUUUAUUUUGUUUUUACCAAAUAUCAAAUCAUGAUCAGCACCUAGGACAUCUCUUGGACUUAAAAAUAAAUAAAGGGAGAAAAAAAAUUAAUGGAUUCUUUGAUGUAUUAAAAAAUUGUCAUAACA